AUGCCUUCUCAACGUGAGAUCUACCCAUCGACGUGGGUCCCGACAGACGUCUUGGAACUAUGCGACGACGGUCGCUGUAUCGGAUACGCGCCAUCCAAGCGCCGCAAAUGCCUAAACCCGAUAUCAUAUGCAAACUCGCAAGCCUUGAAUUCUCUCGUUGAGAAGAUUGCCAACCAACAACCAGAUCCUGUGUUGUUACGACCAAUAUUGGAGCAAAUGGCUGUACAUGGGCUUUGUCAACGAAACCACAAGCCUCAAGUCCACGAGAUGAUGGAGAAAUGGGCAGACCGGAUUAUGGCUGCUUUUCCU